GGUGCUGGACCUGAUGGAGAGCGACCUCCACCAGAUCAUCCACUCGGCGCAGCCGCUGACGCUGGAGCACGUCCGCUACUUCCUCUACCAGCUCCUGCGGGGCCUCAAGUACAUCCACUCGGCCAACGUCCUCCACCGUGAUCUGAAGCCGAGCAACCUGCUGGUGAACGAGAACUGCGAGCUGAAGAUCGGCGAUUUCGGCAUGGCCCGGGGCCUGGGGGCCGACCCGCGGCACGCCAAAGCCUUUCUCACCGAGUACGUGGCCACCCGCUGGUACCGGGCGCCAGAGCUGCUGCUCUCGCUUCACCGCUACACCCGUGCCAUCGACAUGUGGUCGGUUGGGUGCAUUUUUGCCGAGAUGUUGGGUCGCCGGCAGCUCUUCCCCGGCAGGAACUACGUCCACCAGCUGCAGCUCAUCAUGGCGGUGCUGGGAACGCCACCGGCGACCGUCAUGGCCGCCAUCGGUGCCGAACGGGUGCGGGCUUACGUGCAGAGCCUGCCGCCGCGGCCGGCGGUGCCUUGGGAAAGCCUCUUCGGCGACGCCGAGCCGGCGGCGUUGGCGCUCUUGGGUCGGAUGCUGCGCUUUGACCCGCGGGAGCGGGUGGGGGUGGCUGAGGCGCUGCGGCACCCGUUUUUGGCCAAGUACCACGACCCCGAGGAUGAGCCCGAGUGCGUCCCCGCCUUUGAUUUUGCCUUCGACCGCCGGGCGCUCACCAAAGAGGAGAUCAAAGCAGCCAUCGUGGCCGAGAUCGCCGACUUCCACGCCCGCCGUGACGGUAUCCGGCGGCAAAUUGCCUUCGCUCCGGCCGGCGGCACCGAAAGCGCGGCCAGCGGGGCUGGCGUUGGCGUCAACGCAGCCAACGGUGCCGUGACCAACGUUAGCGUCCCCGUGGGCGACAUCAAUGCGGCUAACGUUGGCGUCAACACGACUAGCGUCAGCGCGGCUAACGUCAACGUGGCCAACGCCAGCAUCAACAUGGCCAACGUCGCCAUGGGCGACGUCACCAUGGCCAACGUCGCCAUGGGCGACGUCACCAUGGGCAACUCCAGUGUCAACGUGCCCAAUGCCGGUGUCAACAUGGCCAAUGCUACCCUGGCAAACGUCAAUAUGGCCGGCGUUAACAUGGCCAACGCUGCCAUGGCCAACAUCAGCGCCACCAUGACCAACAGCAACGUCAACAUGGCCAACGCCACCAUGGCCAACGUCAACGCCACCAUGGCCAACGUCAGCGCCGUCAACGUGCCCAACGCCGCGGUGACCAGCGUUGGCCCACCCUGGCCCUGCGCCGACGUGGACAUGCCAAGCCCCGGCCCCGCCCCUGCUCCUGACUGCCCAAUGGACUCUCCCCGGGUGAAGGCGGAGCCGGGGGCCCCUGUGGCGCCCAAGCGGGACGGCGCCAUCUCCGACGACACCAAGGCUGCCCUCAAGGCCGCUCUGCUCAAGUCGGCCAUGAGGAACAAGAGCAAAGGUGAGGGGCACCCAGAUACUUGGGUGCCCUGA